UAACUUUUAAACAUUUAAUUGAAUGUUUAUGUAUUAAUUACAAACCAAAAGAUUAUAUCUAUUGUAUAUAAAUACAGUUCAUGUUUCGUUGCUGGAAUAAUGACAAACAUAUUAAAAGAGGUUAACUUUCAAUGCAGAGUAAGUUCUGUCCUUAACAAAGAAGUUAAACAAUAUGGAAAAUCUGGCAUGUUCGAUGGAGAACUGGAUUCUUGCUGGAGCUCUGAUCAAGGUUCACCUCAAUGGAUACAUUUAAAUUUCACAGAACCGGUAACAGUUUCUAGUUUUUCAAUACAAUUUCAAGGCGGGUUUGUGGGCCAAGACUGUCAUGUUAUGUUAAUAAAUGAAGAUAAAUCUACUUCAGAACCGUUUUAUCCUGAAGAUAAUAAUUUGCUUCAGCAUUUUAAAUUGAGUCAAUCGGUGCAAGUGAAACAGCUCAAGUUUGUAUUUGAGAAAAGUACUGAUUUCUUUGGACGAAUUAUAGUUUAUGAUCUGUUGGUGAUGUCGUGACAUUUAAUUUAGGUAAUUGCAUUUAAAUAUUUGUACAUUUGUAUA